AGAAUUUAGGCUGUAAAGAGAAAUCACAAUUUUAUUUACUUAAUUAUUAUGUCUGCUCAACACCUGUUACAUAUGAUUGUGAUUUCUCUGUGGCCAUGUUCUACCAAUGCUGCCAAUUUUUUCCCUAGCACUGACUAGCUUAUCAAUUUAUCAUCAUCAGCAUAGAUUAAUUUUCCACAUUGACUUGAUCAACUUAAGAUAUCGUCAGUAUAGCUCUUGUGGUCCUCAUCCUCCUGGAGUUUUUAUAAAUUGGUAACUUAGGUCAGCUGAUUUUUCAUAUUGCACCUUAAAAUAUUAGAAAGAAGUUGUCACGAAAAAUUGCUUCUUGAAACUCAUAAUAGUACGUGCACAACUAAAUAUGGAGGCAAGAUGCUUAUAUGUUACUGUUCACUCUGCUAGCGACCUCCCAGAUGUCCGAGAGUUGGGUCGAAUGAAAGUUUAUGCGAAGGUUUCAAUAACAGGACAGAUCGAGUGCACAACAGUGGAUCUUGAGAACGGGACAAACCCUGAGUGGAACACGACGUUUUGCUUCAUCGUGCCCGAAGAAAACAUCAUACAAGGAGGGGGGGAAAUUCCGGUUAAAAUUGAGUUGUUCUGUCGAAGGAGUUUCUCACAUGAUAAAUAUGUUGGUGAGUUAAACCUCACCAUAGAUUCUCAAUGUGUAGAAUCAUGCAAUACAUUCUCAGUUGUUUGGAGUGGUUCAAAUAAAAGUUCAAGUUUUGGUACUUUGAAGUAUUCACAUGUCUUAGGAGAGGACUCAUCAUCAUCAUCAUCGUCGUCGUCUUCAUCACCACCACCACCACCACCACCAUCAUCAUCAAAAACUCAAAAAAUUGAAAGAGUAGUGGGUGUACUCGGUGCAGUGGCUAAUAUCGCUGAAGCGUUCAGUUCAUGACCCAUAAUAUCUAUGUUAAAGCCAGGAAGAACUACUUCUGCUAGAAAUAUUUUGAAAUCUAUGUUGGUCGUGUAUAUUGCAGUUUGUGUUUGGUAUGAAAGAAAA